CUUUCCAUCACCCCGCCCCAUUCUCCCUCUUUCCAUCACCCCGCCCCAUUCUCCCGCCCCAUUCUCACGCUUUCUAUCACCCCGCCCCAAUCUCCCGCUUUCCAUCCCCAUUCUCCCGCUUUCCAUCACCCCGCCCCAUCGUCCCGCUUUCCAUCACCCCGCCACAUUCUCCCUCCUUCCAUCACCCCGCCCCAUUCUCCCUCCUUCCAUCACCCUGCCCCAUUCUCCCGCUUUCCAUCACCCCGCCCCAUUCUCCCGCUUUCCAUCACCCCGCCCCAUUCUCCCUCCUUCCAUCACCCCGCCCCAUUCUCCCGCUUUCUAACACCCCGCCCCAUUCUUCUGCUUUCCAUCACCCCGCCCCAUUCUCCCGCUUUCCAUCACCCCGCCCCAUUCUCCCUCCUUCCAUCACCCCGCCCCAUUCUCCCUCCUUCCAUCACCCCGCCCCAUUCUCCCUCCUUCCAUCACCCCGCUGCAUUCUCCUGCUUUCCAUCACCCCGCCCCAUUCUCCCUCCUUCAAUCACCCCGCCCCAUUCUACCUCCUUCCAUCACCUUGCCCCAUUCUCCCGCUUUCCAUCACCCCGCCCCAUUCUCCUGCUUUCCAUCACCCUGCCCCAAUCUCCCGCUUUCCAUCACCCCGCCCCAUUCUCCCUCCUUCCCUCACCCCGCCCCAUUCUCCCUCCUUCCAUCACCCCGCCCCAUUCUCCCGCUUUCCAUAACCCCGCCCCGUUCUCCCGCUUUCCAUCACCGCGCCCCAUUCUCCCGCUUUCCAUCACCCCGCCCCAUUCUCCUGCUUUCCAUCACCCCGCCCCAUUCUCCCGCCUUUCAUCAACCCGCCCCAUUCUCCCUCCUUCCAUCACCCUGCCCCCUUCUCCCUCCUUCCAUCGCCCCGCCCCAUUCUCCUGCUUUCCAUCACCCCGCCCCAUUCUCCCGCUUUCCAUCACCCCGCCUCAUUCUCCCUCCUUCCAUCACCCCGCCCCAUUCUCCCUCCUUCCAUCACCCCGCCCCAUUCUCCCGCUUUUCAUCACCCCGCCCCAUUCUCCUGCUUUCCAUCACCCCGCCCCAUUCUCCCGCUUUCCAUCACCCCGCCCCAAUCUCCCGCUUUCCAUCACCCCGCCCCAUUCUCCCGCUUUCCAUCACCCCGCCCCAUUCUCCAGCUUUCCAUCACCCCGCCCCAUUCCCCCGCUUUCCAUCACCCCUCCCCAUUCUCCCGCUUUCCUUCACCCCGCCCCAUUCUCCCGCUUUCAAUCACCCCGCCCCAUUCUCCCGCUUUCCAUCACCCCGCCCCAUUUUCCCGCUUUCCAUCACCGCGCCCCAUUCUCCCGCUUUCCAUCACCCCGCCCCAUUCUCCUUCCUUCCAUCACCCCGCCCCAUUCUCCCGCUUUCCAUCACCCCGCCCCAUUCUCCCGCUUUCCAUCACUCCGCCCUAUUCUCCCUCCUUCCAUCACCCCGCCCCAUUCUCCCUCCUUCCAACACCUUGCCCCAUUCUCCUGCUUUCUAUCACCCCGCCCCAUUCUUCUGCUUUCCAUCACCCCGCCCCAUUCUCCCGCUUUUGAUCACCCCGCCCCAUUCUCCCUCCUUCCAUCACCCCGACCCAUUCUCCCUCCUUCCAUCACCCCGCCCCAUUCUCCCGCUUUCCAUCACCCCGCCACAUUCUCCCUCCUUCCAUCACCCUGCCCCAUUCUCCCGCUUUCCAUCACCCCGCCCUAUUCUCCCGCUUUCCAUCACCCCGCCCCAUUCUCCCUCCUUCCAUCACCCCGCCCCAUUCUCCCUCCUUCCAUCACCUUGCCCCAUUCUCCCGCUUUCCAUCACCCCGCCCCAUUCUCCUGCUUUCCAUCACCCCGCCCCAAUCUCCCGCUUUCCAUCACCCCGCCCCAUUCUCCCUCCUUCCAUCACCCCGCCCCAUUCUCCCUCCUUCCAUCACCCCGCACCAUUCUCCCGCUUUCCAUAACCCCGCCCCAUUCUCCCGCUUUCCAUCACCCCGCCCCAUUCUCCCGCUUUCCAUCACCCCGCCCCAUUCUCCUGCUUUCCAUCACCCCGCCCCAUUCUCCCGCCUUUCAUCACCCCGCCCCAUUCUCCCUCCUUCCAUCACCCUGCCCCCUUCUCCCUCCUUCCAUCGCCCCGCCCCAUUCUCCCGCUUUCCAUCACCCCGCCCCAUUCUCCCGCUUUCCAUCACCCAGCCUCAUUCUCCCUCCUUCCAUCACCCCGCCCCAUUCUCCCUCCUUCCAUCACCCCGCCCCAUUCUCCCGCUUUUCAUCACCCCGCCCCAUUCUCCCGCUUUCCAUCACCCCGCCCCAAUCUCCCGCUUUCCAUCACCCCGCCCCAUUCUCCCGCUUUCGAUCACCCCGCCCCAUUCUCCCGCUUUCCAUCACCCCGCCCCAUUCUCCCGCUUUCCAUCACCCCGCCCCAUUCUCCCUCCUUCCAUCACCCCGCCCCAUUCUCCCUCCUUCCAUCACCCUGCCCCAUUCUCCCUCCUUCCAUCACCCCGCCCCAUUCUCCCGCUUUCCAUCACCCCGGCCCAUUCUCCCGCUUUCCAUCACGCCGCCCCAUUCUCCCUCUUUCCAUCACCCUGCCCCAUUCUCCCUCCUUCCAUCACCCCGCUCCAUUCUCCCGCUUUCCAUCACCCCGCCCCAUUCUACCGCUUUCCAUCACCCCGCUCCAUUCUCCCUCCUUCCAUAA